AUGGGUGGUAGCUGGCAACAUGAAGACGACCUUGCAGAACUCUUUCCUGUUUCUGAUGAUGGAGCAUCGAAACGGAGGAACCCUUUCACAGAUAAGGACUUCGAUCGAAUAUCCGUCGCAUUGGAGCUGAGCGGCAAGUCAUCAUGGGCAAAGGUGGUCCGCACUUAUGCCUGUUUGAGAAUUGCUCAGGCCUUGGAAUACCUCGAUAUCUUCAUUUCGAAUGGGGCCACUGAUAUUUCCAUUCCAUACAGCAGCCACAACCUGCCAAGUGAGCUCCAACCAGCCGAGCGCGCUAGAUUCCUAGAAGCUCAAGCUUUUGUCUUGACAGACCUCCUCAGCCUAGAAAAUGGGACCGGCGGGACCCACCUGCAUAUCACCAGCAGGGAUGAAUCUCAAUUCCGCACCGUAGGAGUCCUCGGCAAGGGCAAUUUUGGCAGCGUGGAAAAAGUCUACAGUAAACUCGGCCAGAGAUUCUAUGCCAUGAAGCUCUUGGGGAGAAGGAAAACUUUCAAGAAUGACCAAGUCUCGCUGGCUAGCUUUGUCCAAGAGCUGUCAGCUUCGAAGAAAGUGGAUCACUAUCAUGUCGUUAAAGUAAUUGGAAGCUUUAGCGAACCCAGAUUCGUUGGUAUCAUUAUGGAUACGAUCGGUGAUUGCGAUUUAGAAGCUUUUCUAGAAGUUGAAUUGGACCAGGAUAGAUCCUCGCUCAUCCGUACAUUUUUCGGCUGUCUCGCAUCUGGAUUAAUUGCCAUCCAUGAGGCAAAGAUAAGACACAAGGAUAUAAAACCGAAGAAUAUCCUCAUCAAAGGUUCGAGAGUUAUGUAUACGGAUUUUGGUCUUGCCUUGGAUUAUUCACAAACCAACCGAAGUACGACAGGCGGGCGGCCUGCGAUGUUCACCUUUCAAUUCUGUGCACCAGAAGUAGCAGACUGGCAGGAUCGUCGAACCUCCAGCGACGUAUUUUCUUUAGGAGCUGUCUACUUAGAGAUGGCCACGAGAUUGAGUGGAGGGUCUAUUGAAGAGCUUCGCGAAUAUCUAAAAGAGCGGAAUGAAUUCAGCGCUGCAGCGUAUUGUAAAAAUUUGGAUGGGAUCAAAGAAUGGACUACAUCAAUGCGAAAUCGAACAAGACGGAAGGUUGACAAAGCCCCAUUCGAUUGGGUUGACAAAUGCUUGAGAGAGGACGAAAGAGAAAGGCCAACUGUCUAUCAGUUAUGGGAGCUAAUCGACGAAGACACUUGUCACUCAUCUUUCCCGUUUGCUUGUUCCACUUGUGUGGAAUAUCACGAGUCUGCAAGUGAACCAAGCCUCCCAGGUAGCCCUAAUGGCAUCCCAAACUCUACUAGCAGCCAAAUAACUCCCGGCCCAGAGAUUCUUUCUGUAUUUAACACCAAUCUCCCGCAGAUAAUGACGCAUGAGCCCCCGAACUCUACCAACAAUGAAAUACUCCCUAGGUCUUCGCUCUAUCGUCCCCCUGGAGUUACCUUUGAAAUGUUAAGUUCGCCUAAACCCCAGGACCGAUUGCCAACUUCUCCAAUAGUGAAGGCGUUCGGCAUACCAAACAGAACGCAAGAUACCCUCCCAGCCGAACCGUCAUCCCAUAGAACGGACGAAUCUCCCUUUGGUCCUCGGAAUAGUCGACGCUUGGCGAAUUCUACACCCUCGCCAACACUUCCGUCUUGGAUCUCGGAUGACCAUGCCUAUCGCGGCCCGGAACGCACUCAAAGUGAAGAAAAAGCCUCACAGCAUGGCUUGCCACCUCCGGAUGAGCUGGAAAAGCGGAUGGAAGAGGCACGCACCUCAGCAAAGCUCCUCGUACAAAUCAUGCGAAGCACGCCACAAAGCGAGCUACCCUCGAAUGAGCUUGUUCAAGAAUUCGCCAAUCGAUGCGACUCGGCACGUCGAAGCAUGGAACGCUAUAUACAAUGCACCAACCCGUCUCCAGACAAUUAUACGAUGAAAAAUCUGGUAGAGGUAGAAACUCAGCUCGACCGCUCUCUGACGCUCUACCACCGCAAAUUCUGCUUUAAUUUCCGUUUUAAAGUCCGUAAAAAUUUAUCCAGCCAUCAAAAUUUACACCGACGCCGAACAACUCUUGAGGAAUUCCCGGUAGCCCUUAGAAGAAGUGGGAUAAGGUUCCAGCUGUGUAGCAUUUCGAACUUACUGGGCAAGGCAACAUGCAGAGAGAAGCCCUCUGCAUCCUUUCAAAUCCAAGCAGGGGUCUUUCGCAUCUUACUCUCCUCUCAUAUACUCGCGACGCUACACCCAGGCCACUUGAGUCUAGUGAGUUCCAUCUAUCUGGUAAAUAUUCGUCACUGGCGUACGGAGGUACAAGGGAAGGCAUCCUCAGAGAAACCAAUUGCCUUGCUCCAACUUCUAGCAAGGGUAUUCCAACUCUUCUCCUUCUAUCUUAUACGGCCGAAGCUAUCUUCACACUACCAAGAUACAUUAACCUCGUUUCGUCCACAUGAGCUCAAAAUGCUCAAAUAA